AGGAAUAAGGUCAUCCGUAUUGCAGAUAGUUCGGAUGCAGGCUGGGCUACCAUCGCAGAAUAUGAAAAGCUUGAUGUCGCAGACAAUUCCGAUGAUGAUCGCAAAAUCCGGCGCGCAGAGGAGCGUGCUAAAAAGAAGCUUGAAAGUAAAAAAUCUGUUAACAUGUCUUCUGAUACUUUUCGUUCCUCAACCUUUAAAAGCAGGUUCAGCAGAUCGUCCAUGGACAAGCAGCCCUUGGGAAAGCGCACCUUCGAUCGCAACUUCCAGCGUGAAGUCGUCUGCUACAGAUGCGGGCAAUUGGGGCAUUUUGCAAACGGAUGUGCCAGUGGAUAUCCAGAACCCGUCGGCAAUGCCAGACAGGGACCAGUGGCUACCUCAGAUUCAGCACAGUCAAGUAAUUCCGAACUUACCACCAAACAGUAAACCAGACGACUUUUCAACAGAUGAUAAGACUUUUUAAAUCCAACAGAUGGGAUGAUGUUAUGGAUAAAUGUAGUAAUCCGGCUCUGCCCUCUUGGAUGUUUUCAGAAGUGAAAGAAGCUGUUUUAUCGAGCAAGGAAAAGUCUACCGUAUGUCAGUAUAAGAACUGCUUUAGUAAAUUCGUAUCAUGGUGCAAAAAAUGUAAAUUUUCAUCCCUUCCGGCUUCACCGGUCACGGUAGCUUUAUAUUUAGUAUCUGUUAUGCAAAAUACAAAUACUUCUUGCAGCAAAUCUAAAUUGAACUCAAUUUUCUACGCUAUAAAAUGGGCACAUUUACUUAAUGGCGAAAUUUCUAAUCCUUCUUCUGAUGAAUGGCUUAAACUUUGUUUAGAAGGCUGCUUGAGGAAAGUUUCUAAACCUCUCAUCAAAAAAGAACCUAUAACUGUCGAAAUUUUAUCGACUUUAGUAAAUAAUUCGCUUCUGAAAAUUGCACGCUGGCAGAUUUGAGGC